AUGGGCCUGCGACGCAGCUGUGUCUUCUGUCGUACCCGGAAGAUUCGAUGUUCCGGUGAAUCUAUUUGCAGUGCCUGUCAAAAGCGCAACCUCAGCUGCGAAUACAGUCCGGAAGCUCGAAAGGGCCGGCCCGCGCACAGGGGAACAACAACAUCACAACCUCCGUUGACGUCGCAACUACAUGAUGACAAUGGUAGAGAUACUUCGUCGCAGCCAGGAGCGAGCGCAGAGAGUUCCUUGACGCCUAACCCAAUAGCGCAAAGUUACGAGGAAUCUGCAACCAGCUCCGACCUGAGUAUUCAAGUAGGCGAUGAACUGGAGCGGAGAUUCAAUGCCUACUUUAUCACGAAAACUGACUCCGGCUCCAAUAUCUUCCAAACCGCAAUAGCUACCUAUCAACGGGAGCUGGACAAGUCUCCUCGGAAACCCCCAUUCCAUUCAAUACAGCUUCCUUUGAGCUAUGAUGGGUUGCUGUCCUUUAUGGCGUCGGAGAUGGUGGGCAUCCUGCCGCUCCGCUUUAGUCACCUAGGAGUUCAGCAGUUGGAGGCUCCGAAUCAAAACUUUUAUGUAUCAACUCUGGCAGCGGACACCACGCGUACGAUGUUUGACCCUUUCGAGUCUGCUGUCGACCCGUUGAUGGUGCCGGGGAAGCAUCUGAUUCUUCAAAUGGUUGAUGUGUGGUUUUCGGCCCAUCCAUUGUCACCUCUGGUGUCUAAAACACUUCUAAUUACAGCAAUCCAGGAUGAUACAGUAGAUAAGGCUCUUCUAGCCGUCAUACUGGCUGAUGCAUAUGACAUACAGCCCAUCAUGAGCGGGCUGCAUAAUUGUGUCCCGGUUAAUCCCCAGACACUAUACAACUUUGCUAUAUUGCAGCUGAGGCAGCGCACAGCGGUGCUUGGAAACCCCUCCGUUCUUUCUACAGCCCAGGCACUGUUUCUGGUAGGAUGGAGGGAGCUGUGCCUCGGCCAUGCCCGACGCGCCACCUGCUUCACAGGCUACGCCUGUCGCAUAAUUGCCACUUUGUACACUUUUUGGCAGGCUGAUGAUCACAGCAAGUGUAGCAGAAAGCUCAAUGGUGUGGAUAUAGGUGCCGUCGAGCAAGAAUUGGCACAGAAUGUUUACUGGAUCUGCCUGGCCACCACAACAUGGGGGUUCAUGCAAAGCAAUCAGCCAUUCUCGUUGCUCACUCCGGAAACGACGCCCGACUUCCCGUGCCUGGAUGAGGCAGCUUCAGCUAUUCUCCGCCUAGAUCGCGCAUCGGGAAACAUCUCCACGCUACAGGCACAAAUCCAGGCUGCCCAGUGUUUGUGGCCACUCAGUCACAUCACCAGUACAGUGGCCCAUAUCUACACCCUGUAUCUCAAUGCACCCACAGAGAACAAAGAUAAGCAAUCUAUGCCAUGGCAGAAACAGCAUCUCCACGAGUUACAUCAGCUUUUCCAGCCUUGCUUUGAUCGAUCUGUUCUGGCGUCGAGGAUGCAUAGGAUCCUUCUCAAUGCCAUCGAGCUGGUGAAGAACGAGGUCACCGUCGCAUCGUCACGGUCUUUUCUUCUAAGUGCAUAUCAUGGUAUUGCUAUUCAUAUGCUCUUCUCUGGAGACAAGAAUGAUCAAAAGCGGCCGGCGAUCUCGCCGUCUGUCAUCGAUCCAUUUUGCCAGUCGGCUUCCGCGCUUCUUACCAUUAUUCAACAAAGGCCUUCCAGAGUGUCAAAUCUGAUGCCUGCGCAAGAGUUUCGAAGCGUUGAUGAAUCGAGUAUAAUGCUGUAUGCUUUUGACACUUGCAGCAGGGGCUUUUCGUACAUAUAUGCGAAACAUGAGCAUGGCUCGAUCGAGGAGCGCAAUAUGAUUGGCUUGCGACAGAAUCAGCUAGCCCACCUUGCUGAUCAGCUGCACCAAGCCUGUAAAGGAGACGUAAUAUCUCGGCUUGGAGCAGCUUUACUGCCGGUGAAAAAGAGAAUGAAGCGUGCGAAGCAAGCAUUCCAACAGCUUGGAUCAUCCUCCGUCCCCCAAACAGCGCUGCUUUCCAGUCGGAACGCGCAGACACCAUCGAGUAACUCGUCUUCCGCAAAUGACCCUCUAAUGGAUCCAAGGCUCAGCAUUGGACAGAUUGCAGAUCCGUCUCUUGCUCCUGACUCAGAGUCUUUUCCGCUCAUGGCAAUUGAUCAGACCUUGUCGCUCUCUGAGGACCCUUGUGAGAUAUACGAUCCAGGCUUUUUCCUCGACGGACCGGUCACAGGGUCACUUCUGGGGUUCCCUGGCCUUGCCAAGAUGAACAUGCAACUUCAGGAUUACGUAUCUCUGGAAAGCGACCUGGAUCAAGAUGCGCUUGCUUUCUUAAGUCAAGGCACGAGUGGCAUUUCGUUCAAUUAA